CCUCUCCUGCAGUUGACCGGUCGCCACUUCUGACUAGUUCUGCUUGCUCCUGUUGCUAUUCACCGUCUGCGGGAGUAAUCGUCAGGAAACCACCCUGUUCUUCUGCGUCUGCUUGUAAACAUGCUGUUAGCAGUCGCCAGACGACCCGGCUGCAGAGCGCGUGCCUCGACCGCUCACGCUCUUGCCCUCGCAACCGCCGAGGCCCGACGCACAUUCAUCGCAAAGCCCUCAAACAACAGCAGCUUUGCUCCGUCGGCCGAGGCGGUCAACCCUUCUGCAUCGAUCUACGAUGUCUUCACAAAGAACGACGACAUGCCGAUCUCAAACAUCGGUAAUCGACCGGGCAAGCUCGUCAUGAUGAACGAGAAAAUCCAGACCGACUUCCCCGACAUGACCCUUGCCAUGCGCAACAAGUUCACCAAAAACAGAGCCCAUCUCAUCUCUCUCAUCGACGCUCUGGUUGCCGGACAGAACUUUGCUCGAGCCCGCAAGGUCCUCAUCGAGGCGUACGAGGUCACCUCGCGCGAAGAGUUUGCGCGCCUGCUCAACGACUACUUACAAGAGUACGCGCUCAAAGAGCUCAAGGACACCGGAGCAAUCGAGCAGACAAUCUCAUAUCUCUUGCAUAUCACUGAUGACUUCAAAAAUAAGCCGCUCGACCCCAGAUCUUACGCGAUCCUGAUGGCCACUGCCUGUCGCAUGGAGGACAUCAUCCGUGGCGACAACAGCAUCAAGAAGCUCUUCAAGCCAUUCAGCGGACAAACCCUGUCUGGCUACGAAAUCCUGCAGCAUCAAAACUUGUUCAGCUACUCGGACGCGCGCCGAAUCAUCGACAUCUGCAAAAUCCCGGAAUCGGACGUCCCGCCCGUGUUCAGGUUCGACGCCCCGCCAUCCACUAUGGACGUCACAUCCGAGCUCGACCCUAACAGCGACGAACCGCUCACUUUGGCACUCAUCAAGGCUCAGGCUGAGGCCAUGAAAGAGGCUUUUGACGGCAUCCCGGCUUCGGUGCCCAAGGCCGGAUACGAAGAACUCAACCCUGUUGACUCUAUCGGACUCAAGUACCUGCGAUCCUCGCUUAAGGGUGUCGCUCAGGUUACCAGGCCCGUCCUGCCAAUCUACAACGCCGCCGAGGCAUCUGGAACCACCGAUGAAGGUUUCCUCAACUUUGAAGCCCAAAUCGAGAAGCUUCCCGAAGAAGAGCAAGACCAGUACCGUGAAGCCUUCGAGGUGUAUAACAACCAGCGUCAGCGUUUACUCGAAGCUCUAGCGCUCGAGUCUGCAAAGGAGCGAUGGAAACACGAUUACGAACAGAUGAUUUCGCGUGGAGAUGUGUCGGUCAGCAAUAUUAAUGAGUACCUUUGGGAAUGGCACCAAGCCAUGGCUGCUCAGGUCGAGUAUGAGCUCUACUCUGUCGAUCGUGCGCUGGAGAAAGAAGCCAGCACGCCCCAUACCCGUUUCUCUGCUGCUGAAAAAAUGCGACUUCGCUACGGUCCUUACAUCAAGCUUUUGAAUGUGGACAAGCUUUGUACUAUUACCAUUCUCGAGUUGAUUCGAAUGCACGCCACAAUUGACGCAAAUGAGGGAUUGCGGACGGCGCGUGCGGUGUUGACUGUCGGCCGAGCUAUUCAGCAGGAAUACAACUCCGAGCAACUUCUGCGUCAUGAGGUUUCCGGACUGGGUGUCUUCAAGCCAACAAAGUCUACUCUCCAGAACCCGCUUGACUUUGGUCGUGCCCUCGCCACAGCUAAGCGUCUCAACGAAGAGCACCAGGUGCUUAAAUCGUGGAGACCGGAAUGGCCUGAAGAUGUCAAGGCCGAGAUCGGAUCGACUAUGAUUUCGAUUUUCAUGCACGUUGCCAAACUUUCAGUCAAGGCCACUGACCCUGUCACGGGUCGCGAGGUCCGCAGUCUUGUGCCGGCUAUGAACCAUUCGUACCAGUACAACAACGGAAUGAAGCUUGGUGUGAUCAAGCUGCACAAGGACUUUUCCGACAAAAUCUCUUCUGAUCGUGGAAACGGCAUGAUUCAUCCCCAAUUUUUGCCUAUGCUGGUCAAGCCCAAGCCGUGGACUUCUCAUAUUGAUGGUGGCUACAUGUACAGCUCCGCCCCAUUGAUGCGAACUAAGAGUUCUAUGGAACAGUCAGAGUACGUCAAAGAGGCGGCCAAGAGAAAUGACAUGAAGUUUGUCUUUGAAGGUCUUAAUGUGCUCGGUAGUGCAUCUUGGGUAAUCAACUCGCGCGUCUUCCGAAUCGUGGCCCAGGUCUGGAAUACGGAGGAGGAGUUCCUUGAUAUUCCUGGCAAGAUUUCGGAGAAAAUUGAAUUCCCGCCCGAGCCUGAAAAAAGUGCGGACCCGGCUGAACGUCGUGAUUGGGCGCGAAAAUGCAAGCUGAUGGUACACAACGCUCGGAACAGUCACUCACAGCGCUGCGACAUCAACUACAAGCUCGAGAUUGCUCGCGCGUUCAUCGGUGAGCGUAUUUACUUCCCGCACAACAUCGAUUUCCGAGGACGUGCUUACGCGAUUCCUCCUCAUUUGAACCAUCUCGGUAACGACAUGUGCCGCGGAAUCAUGAUGUUUUGGGAGGCCAAGCCGCUUGGUGAGCGAGGACUUCGAUGGUUGAAGAUUCAUUACGCGAACUUGAGUGGUUAUGAUAAAGCAGAUUUUGAGGAACGAGUGAAGUAUGCGGAAGAGCAUAUCGAGGAUAUUUUCGACUCGGCUGACCAUCCUCUCGACGGACGUCGGGUUUGGAUGAAGGCGGCAAAGCCGUGGCAGAAUCUUGCGGUUUGCUUUGAACUUGCCGAAGCCCUCCGAAUGGAUGACCCCACUCAGUUCCGCUCGAGACUUCCGAUUCAUCAAGACGGUACUUGCAACGGUCUUCAGCAUUACGCUGCUCUAGGCGGUGACUCUGAAGGUGCUGCGCAGGUGAACCUGAUGCCUAGCGACAGGCCCGCUGAUAUUUACACAUAUGUCUCCAAUAAAGUGAGCGAGAUCGUUGAACAUGACGCGAAAAAUGGCGUGCUUGUUGCGCAGGUUGUCAGAGGAAAAGUUAGUCGAAAAGUGGUGAAGCAGUCUGUUAUGACUAAUGUGUAUGGUGUUACAUAUAUUGGAGCGCGCGCUCAGAUUGCUUCUCAGUUGAAGCAAUUGCCUGAUUUGCAUGAGGGCUCUGUUUUUGGCGCGGCGUCUUAUCUCACUAAACUUGUUUUCCAAGUCGUGCGAGAUCUGUUCCACGGAGCUCAUUUGAUUCAAGACUGGUUUGCCGAGUGUGCAAAGAGAAUCGCAAAGUCUUAUCCACCUGGCACUAUUGAGGAGGAUUCAACUCAAGCGACGACGGCUGUUGUGUGGACAACUCCUCUCGGAAUUCCAGUUGUGCAGCCAUACCGAGUUCCGUUCCGAAAACAGGUGUCUACGAAUUUGCAGACUGUGUAUAUUUCGGAGCCGCUUGAGACGUACCCUGUGAACUGGCGAAAGCAGACGAUGGCGUUCCCGCCGAACUACAUUCACUCUCUCGAUGCGACGCACAUGCUUCUUUCGGCCGUUGUCUGCGGUCGUAAGGGACUCACGUUUGCGGCCGUGCACGAUUCUUACUGGACUCAUGCUUGCGAUGUGGAUACGAUGAACACGGCUCUGCGAGAGUCGUUCAUCAAGCUGCACAAGGCGGAUUUGAUUUCCCGAUUGAAGGCUGAGUUCGAAGAGCGCUACAAGGGCUACACGUACCAGAUCGACAUUGACAGGUUUAGUGAGCAAGGACAGGCGAUUGUGGCUUGGCGCAAAGCGUACAGGUCCAAGCACGGCCAUACGAUCAGCUUAAUGGGCGAGGUUAAGUUGGAGACUAAGCGCACAAAACUGCUGGAAAGCGAGAACCCUGAGGAGGUCAAGAAGGGCCAGGAAAUGGUCACGCCGCUGAGCAUAAUCGGCGACGCCGAUAUUGACUCCCUGCGUCCUCCUCGGAGAGCGAAGAAGCAGUUCGACGAGAGAAUUGGACGGUCGAGCGAGAACGAGACCCACGGAGCUUCGGACGCGAUCAUUCGCAAAGCGCUUGGAGUGACUUCUCCCGAGGCUGAGGAAUCAGCAACUGAGGACGAGAUUGCCGCUGCUAAACUCGCAGCGGAUUCGCCGAAAAUCAGUAUCUCAGAGCUCGGGGCGAAUCUCGGUAGCUCAUACAUGGAAGGAAUUAAGAUCAUGGUCCCGUUGUCUUUCCCUCCUGUGCCGCCGAAGGGCGACUUUGAUGUGGAAAGAGUGAGAGAGAGUCUUUACUUUUUCUCAUAAAAAGAUAGUGGAUGUGAAGGUGUAAAAAAGCGUUUGAUUUUUCUCCCUUUCUCUCUGCUUUUUUCUUUUAUGAAAUGCUCUACUGCAUAGCAGUCUUGUCUUGUGUAUAUAUGUUGUUUUAUAGAUUGGAUACUCAAAAUGUUACAUAAUCAAUGACGUAACCACGCCACAGCGAAGAUUAAGGUUUAAAUCGGCCGACGGGCUCUGGCUCGCGCAGACCCGUAUUUCCCGAGCUCCGUC